GACGCGAACCAUACGCGUCAAUAAAUAUUUUUUAAUAAAUAAGCUAAACGUAUGGAACUCUGUGUCAAUUUCGACCGCAAUUAUGACAAAUGAGAGACAAAAUGCGCCUUUCAAUGAUCAAGAAAGUAACACAAUUCGUAUAUUAAUCGCCUCAGACAAUCAUGUAGGGUAUGCAGAAAAGGAUCCAGUCCGUGGGAAUGAUUCAUUCGUAUCAUUCGAUGAAAUUCUUACAAUUGCUCGUGAAAAGGAGGUUGACAUGGUACUUUUGGGAGGAGACAUUUUUCACGACAACAGACCUUCAAGGAAAGCUUUUUACCAGGCCUUACGUUCUUUGAGAUUGAAUUGUUUAGGAGAUAAGCCUUGUGAACUUGAAUUGUUGAGCGACACUUCUGUAACAACUGGUGAUACAGCGAUAUGCAGUGUAAAUUAUCAAGAUCCAAAUAUAAAUGUUGCCAUACCUGUAUUUUCAAUUCACGGAAAUCACGAUGAUCCUUCCGGAGAUGGCAGAUAUAGUGCGCUAGACAUUUUACAAGUUACAGGACUCGUCAAUUACUUCGGACGUGUUCCCGAAAAUGACAACAUCACGAUUAGCCCGAUCCUUUUACAAAAGGGAUCUACAAAACUUGCCUUAUAUGGACUUUCUAAUGUUCGGGACCAACGCUUAUAUCAUUCGUUCCGCGAAAAUAAAGUAAAAUUCUUACGACCAGAUCUGUAUCAAGAGGAAUGGUUCAACUUGCUAGUAGUCCACCAAAACCAUGCUGCACAUACAGAAACAAGUUAUUUACCUGAAAGUUUUAUUCAAGACUUUUACGAUUUCGUGUUAUGGGGACAUGAACACGAAUGUAUCAUUGAUGGAACAUACAACCCAAUGCAGAAAUUCACAGUCGUCCAACCUGGAUCUUCGGUAGCCACAUCUCUCAGUCCUGGUGAAACUGUUCCAAAACAUUGCGGUAUUUUGCAUAUUACCGGGAGAGAUUUCUUUAUGGAGAAGAUUCGUCUUCGUACGGUUCGUCCUUUCGUUAUGAAAGAUAUUGUAUUAUCUGAAGUCCAAAGCAUUCCUCCCAUGGUCGACAAUAAGCGAGAAGUACUCACGUAUCUCAUCAGUCAAGUAGAGGAGGCAAUCGAAGAAGCAAACCAACAGUGGCUUGAAGCUCAGGGAGAUGACCCUGCCGUUUUGAAUGAGAAGCAUCCGUUACCUUUAAUUCGAUUGAGGGUUGAUUACACCGGUGGCUAUCAAACCGAAAAUCCUCAGAGAUUUUCCAAUCGGUUUGUCGGACGAGUUGCCAAUGCCACUGAUGUGGUUCUAUUUCACCUAAAACGAAAAUAUACGAGAACCAAGAAGAAUAACGAAGUUGUGGAUAAUGUUGGUGAAGACGGAAAAAUAAAUGCACUGAGAGUUGAGUCAUUGGUGAAUGAAUAUUUGAAAAAGAAUCAGCUAGAGUGUCUACCCGGAAAUGUCCUUGGUCAAGCGGUGAUUAAUUUUGUGGAAAAAGACGACAAAGAUGCUAUUAAAGAAUGCGUGGAAGAUCAUUUGAGUAAACAAAUCAAUUUGCUGGUGAAAAAGCGUGUUACGGAAGAGAAUUUAGAAGAGGAAAUUAAGACUUUGGUGAAAAAUAUUCCCCAGCUCUCAACCUCGAAACGAAAAGAAUACGAAUCAAUGGCUACACCUGCUUCUACUAGUUUUCGAGUUACUUCCCCAGACAUGGAUGAAGAUAAGACAAGUGGCUCCCCGGUACGAUUAGAAGAAAACGAAGAAAAAGACGAUUUUCAAGAAUUGAAUCAUGCCGAGCCAUCAAGUCAACCACCUAAAACAACCAAAACACGUAAUCUUCCCGGCAGUAUGUUUCAAAAGUCAGCAAGCACCAAAAGGACGCCUGCAAAAACCAAUACGCCAAAAAAGACAUCAGGACGCACACAGGGAAAGCGCGUAAACAAGCCUGCUGAAAAAAGUACACAAUUGAUGAUGACACAAUCGUUUAACUCUUCACAAAAACCAGGCAGUCAAUACUUGGAUGACGAUGAUGAAAUUCUGGAUGAUUGAAUUACUUAAUUGUUUUAUUACUCAUUUAAAGACAACUUUACAACCUACGAGAUGAAAAAGUGAAUGAACGAAGCAUAUGGACUAUGUUUUCAUAAAGUAACUUGUUAUGACUUUCAUUAAAUCUAUAUCUUUUUGCAUAUUCUCUCCUCAUUUACCACGACGAUUGAGUCAGUCGUCAAAGUUUCAAAUAUUGGCGAACUGACCGCGUGACUGCUUUACUCGAUAGGAUCAAAAGGACGAUGAAUUUUUGAUUUCUACCAGAUUAACUGGUAUCAAUUAAAAAAGAGGAUCAUCAAUAGAAAAUGUAUAUAGGUAAGUGAGGUUUGUUAGAGACGAAAAGGAACCAAAUCAUCAAGGAUGAGACUAAGGUAUAUGAAACCUUGCUCCGCAACAGCGAGUGUUUAUGAAAUCAAAUUCAUAAAUCCAAUUGUUCCUACUGAGUUGAGUUGGUUUCUACGAAUAUAUAUUGUGAUUCACAUGAAAUAGAUAUACUAACCUUUUGGCUUUAGGAUUUUGUAUUUUUUUAAGAUAAAAGAUGAUUGCGUAUGCAAAAUUAAAUUCAAUUUAUUUUCAG